UCGAUUGAUGGUGUAUUUAUACCGUUUAAACUAUGACAUAUAACUCUCCAACAGAAAACCCUAGCCAUCGUCUACGUUUCCCUUUGCUGCCGCUCCAGCCUUCCGCCCAAUAGAGACUCCUGAGGACGGAAAGAACAGAGGUAAAACCGGGGGAAAACAUAAAUCAACGAAAACAAAAGAACGACGGAAAACAAAGGAAAAGGUUUUUUUGAUUUUGGAGUAGCUAAAGGAGUAUAAUAAGAUGCCACGAACUAGUACACUGGAGUGCCCUGGAUGCCCUCCUCUGAGAGUCCUUACAACUGAUGCUCUCGGCCUUGUCAAAGUAGUUGAAGCUCGCGGAAAGGUCGGAACUCCAAAGGUGGUCGAAACAUGGGGUCCACCGGAUGCUUCACGGGGUGUGCUCGCAGCUUCCUUUGCUGACCGCAAAAUUGACCCGCUUUUGGCCAUAGCACGGAAGAAUGGUUUGGUGGAGUUUCUGAAUCCGUUAAAUGGGGAUGCUUUGGCCACCACCAAAGUUGAUGAGUCUGACUCUUCAAAUGGUGCUCUUAAGGAUGAUCAAAUUGUUGGAUUGCAUCUCUUUAGGACAAAGAAAAUUGAGUUAUCUUGUAGGUUAGCUGUAUUCCUUACUUGUACAGAAAAAGGAAAAGCAUGCUUGAGGUCUGUUGCAUUGAGGGAUGCACCAGCAGACUUGCAUACAGACUCUCCCAGCUCAUGGAAUAUAUGCACUUCGGGCAAUGUGACAUGCUCUUCAGUUGACAACACUGAGAACUAUGCUUUAUUUGGUGGGAAGGGAAUUGAAGUAAAUUUGUGGGAUCUUAGCAAAUGUAGUAAGAUCUGGACUGCAAAAUCUCCUCCAUCUAACAGCCUUGGUAUAUUUACUCCAACCUGGUUUACUGCUGCAACAUUUUUAAGCAAAGAUGAUCAUCGCAAAAUUGUAGCUGGCACAGCCAAUCAUCAGGUUCGCCUUUAUGAUAUCUUAGCCCAAAGAAGACCUGUCAUUUCUGUCAGUUUUCGAGAAUCUCCAAUUAAGGCAGUUACUGAAGAUAUAAAUGGUUAUACCAUCUAUGUAGGGACUGGUUCUGGGGACCUUGCUUCCUUUGACAUGAGAACAGGAAAAAUGCUGGGAUGCUAUGUGGGUAAGUGCUGUGGAAGCAUUAGAUCCAUAGCUAGACAUCCAGAGUUACCGGUGAUAGCAUCAUGUGGACUCGACAGCUAUUUGCGUUUGUGGGAUGCAAGGACAAGACAACUUCUUUCUGCUGUUUUCCUCAAGCAACACCUCACAAAUGUAGUAAUUGAUUCACAUUUCUCUGCAGAAGAAUCUGAAGGCAACGAUGUGAGUCGGCCCAGUGAUCUGGAACUAUUCAGUCAGACUGAAGUUGAAGAUGAGGAGUUGCAAAUUUCCAAGAGAAGUAAAACAUCAAAGAAACAGGUAAAAAGCAAGACCAAGGCAAAUAAAAACAGAAAUAAGGUCCAAGAUGAUGAUCCUACGAGUGUGCUUGUCUCUCUUAGCAAUGAUGAGCCUGAGGACAGUGGUGAACUGCCAGCUUCCAAACGAAGAAAAUCAUCGGAAGAGGAAAGCAGGAGGCUCAAGAAGAAAAAGAGCAAGAACCUAUGAUGAGGAUGGGGCAUGAUGAAAAUAUUCAGUUUGGUCUUUCAGAGACAAUCUGGAGCCCACUAUUAAGUCCAAGUGGAGUUUCGGUCAGCCAGCAUAUAGAACAUAUACGCAAAUAUGAGCUUGUCCAUCUCCUAGUUCCUUCUACAUGCGGAAGAGAUCAGCUACUUCAGUCACCCGGACUACUUCCUGCCCUCUCGGAAUGUGUUUUUGGUGAAAAAGUAGAGACUUUUGGCAAAAGAAAAGGUGCCUUAUUUCUUUUGGGAUUUUGAAAUUGGCUACAGAAUGAAACGUCUUCAUGCUGUUUCAGAAAUUGUUUGGAAAUUCUAAAUUAUUGGACAAAAAUAUAGUAAUCUGAAAAUGUCGUUAUUAUUAAAAGCAGUUUUGUAAACCAGGUACUUCUAUACCAAUGCUAACCGAUAUAUAUCGGCUCAUUAGAUGCCUGUAAUACAUGUUGGCUUUCAACCAAGCUGGUGCUUUGCAAA